UAUGCUAGUAUUUACAGUUUGUUAUGAGUCUGGUUCUUGGAUGUGUCAGGUGCAAAAUGAAGCGAACGUUAGCUAGUGAGCUCGAUGUGUCAAUAUAGAAAUUGGGGAGGAGUCACUUGUAAACAGAGUUAACAUUAAACCUGCCAACAAGCUAGCUAGCUAACUGGCUAAAUAAAACGGCGUAAAUUGGAGAUCGCACAGAGAAACUUUAGAUCACAGUUAGCUAUAGCCCGCAAGUUAGUGCGACCAUCACAUAACACCAUCAUUUGAAUAACUGCAGACAUGGCACCCUAAUAUGCAACCCCCUCUGCUUCAGGAAGCCGAUUUUAUAAAUGGUUUGGUCUAUGCGCGUGCUAUCGCGUUUUAGCUCUGUCUACAAUAGAGACUGUCGCAAUGGUUGACAUGUAUCCUAUGAUAAGAAUUAAGGGCGUGAAAAUGAUACAAUGGAAAUGCUGGUUAUGGGGCUUUUCUUGCUUCGAGUGGACAGCGGAAACGUCAUGACGUGCAAACGUCAGUUCUGCGUUUACAGUUUAUGUUUCAGCUAAUAUUGUGACAUUAGCUAAGAUGUAUUUAUUUAUUUGUGUAUUUCGCAGUGCCUUAGUCAUAAUCAGGUAUGCCAUGCCAAGUUUUCGCUCCGUUGGUUUUAACAGUGGUGGCCGCUCUCCCAUCCAUGGACAUCUUUCACCCAAGUAUUGUACAGAAUUACAGCAGCUGGCUGGCUAGUACAAUGUAUUGUAAUUUUGGUUCCAAGUCUAAAAAGUAUUUACAGGCUAGGAUGCGGCUUAACACUUCAGCCAGAUGUUAAGAACAUACAAUACUGCCGCUGAAUGAACGACAAAGCUACGAACCCUCUAAACAAAGACACAGACUGGGACAGCAUCAGCGCCUUCUGUGAUCAGCUCAACGAUGAAGUGGAGGGUCCUCAGCUGGCCACCAGGCUUCUGGCCCACAAGAUCCAGUCCCCUCAGGAGUGGGAGGCCAUGCAAGCCCUGACGGUGCUGGAGACCUGUAUGAAGAACUGCGGGAAGAGGUUCCACAGUGAGGUGGGCAAGUUUCGCUUCCUCAACGAACUCAUCAAGGUGGUGUCUCCCAAGUACCUGGGUUCCCGCGCCCCCGAGCAGGUGAAGAAGAAGGUGCUGGAGGUGAUGUACAGCUGGACUGUGGGGUUGCCAGAUGAGACCAAGAUCGCGGAUGCCUACCAAAUGCUAAAAAAACAGGGUAUUGUUAAACAUGACCCAAUCCUUCCUGAUGACAAGCCCCUCCCACCACCACCCCCGAGAACCAAAAACGCCAUCUUUGAGGAUGAAGAGAAGUCCAAGAUGCUCUCUCGCCUGUUAAACAGCUCUCACCCCGAAGAUCUAAGGGCAGCCAACAAGCUCAUCAAGGAGAUGGUACAGGAGGACCAGAAGCGCAUGGAGAAGGUAUCGAAGCGAGUCAACGCCAUACAGGAAGUGAAGGAGAGCGUGAGCCUGCUGACACAGCUGCUGGGAGACUACAGCAAGGAGACCGUCUCCCAGAGCAACGAGGAGCUCAUUAAGGACCUGUAUCAGCGUUGUGAGAAGAUGAGACCAACACUUUUCAGACUGGCCAGUGACACUGAGGACAACGACGAGGCCCUGGCGGAGAUCCUGCAGGCCAACGACAGCCUGACGCAGGUCAUCAACCUGUACAGGCAGCAGGUGAAGGGCGAGGAGGUGAACGGGGACAGUGGAGCCACGCCCCAGCUCACGGGAAGCAGCACGGCCCUCCUGGACCUGACAGGAUUGGACACCUCGCCCCUGGGUGCGACCUCUAUCCCAGAAUUCCCUGCUAAGGGGCACAGUCCACAGGCUGCCUCCCAGGAGGUGGGCAUCAGCCUUCUGGAUGAUGAGCUCAUGUCACUAGGUCUGAAUGAAGUCACCCCAAACUCCAUCUCGGCCUCCCAGUCCACAGAAAGUUCUGCCUGGAACGCUUUUCAGUCCUCAGAGAGCGUGGACACGGACAUCCCGGCAGCGGUGCUGAAGCCCUCAGUGACCACGCCCACGCAGGCUCCGCCCAGCGGCGCCCCGCCCGCCAACAAGGCCUUGGAGGAGCUGGAUCAGCUGGGGAAAACACUAAUGCAGCAGUCCCUACCCCCAGAGAGUCUGCAGGUCAAAUGGUCCAAACAGGAGCCUCAGUCCAAGCCUACACUGCGGGACCUCCAGCACAAAUCCCACCCCAAUAGCAGCCCGAGUCCGAACCCCGUCCCGGCCUUCUCCGUCGAGCCUCCGGGGCCUCUCCUAAACGCCCAGCCCAGCCUGGGGGCCCCCGCACUGGGGCUGUCCCCUGCUCCCACUCCCCUCUCAGAAAUCACACUGACUGACGUGAAUGUGCCCCUGGAGUCCAUCAAGCCGAGCAGUCUGUUGCCGGUGACGGUGUUGGACAGGCACAGUUUGCGGGUGCUGUUCCACUUCGCGCGGGACUGCCCCCCCUCUCGUCCUGACGUGCUGGUGGUGGUCAUCUCCAUGCUCUCUUCCGCCCCCAUCCCCGUCACCAACAUCCGCUUCCAGGCAGCCGUUCCCAAGGUGAUGAAGGUGAAGCUGCAGCCCCCCUCAGGGACGGAGCUGCCAGCCUUCAACCCCAUCCUGCCCCCUGCUGCUAUCACUCAGGUCCUGCUGCUGGCCAACCCCCACAAGGAAAAGGUGCGGUUGCGAUACAAGCUUACCUUCACUCUGGGUGAAGAAGCCCAUGAUGAAUCUGGUGAUGUAGAACAGUUCCCCCCUCCAGAGACCUGGGGGAAACUUUAGUGAAAUGGACCAACUUCCUGUCACAUGACCAGCUGUUUCCUACAUCCCGCCACUUCUCAUCCUGUUCUCCCCUUCUGUACCAGCCCAACUGUUUCAAUUCAAUUUUUUUUUUUUUUUAAUCAUUCCAAUAGUUUUUGAGUUAUAAAAUCAAACGCCUUCACCUGUGUUCCCUGAAAUAUACUGUAUUUUAAUGAACUGUAAAUUGCAAAUUAAAACAUUUCACUGACUUCUGGGAGCACGGCAAGCCUUUUACAUUGAAACGGAGUAUACUGCAUACUAUACUGUCAUUCAUACUAGUAUAGUACAACGUAUUGUGUUGGUGUCUCUUCUUAUUAUCAGUGAAGGACAGAUAAUUUGGCAAAUGAAAGUUUCAUGAUUAUGAUUUAGGAAGCAGUGGUGUGGUCCAAUUGGCACAAUGGGCGACUGGGAGUCUAACCUAUGACAUAACAAAGUUAUUUUUUUACCUGGAGAUUAACAGUAAAAUGCCCAUUACAUCUUCAAAGGGAGCACCGUGUACGUCUUCUGAAGCCCAAGUGAAUGUUUCCAUUUAUGUAAUGAAACAUUUUCCCCGUCAGUUUAAUAAUGCAGCCAUUUUGCCUUCAGUAAGCUGGCUAAAUGCACGUCUGAUACCUUGAUACCUUACCUAUCAAACCUUCGCCCCGCUCCGCCCUCUUUAGGUUUUGUUGUGAUGGAACAGUCUCCACCCACCUUUCGCCCUUUUGUUUUGCACAGAGAACAAUCCCCGACCUCCCUUCCCUUCGUCUGUGAACUCUGUGAUACCAACUGCAGUUAUCAUGCGCAAUGGGAAAAAACACUUUCAGUGCUUCAUCCACAAAUUGUCCGCACCGAAGUCUUGUUUAAUCUGCCGUAUGUGCCUAUUCUGAAGCUAGAUUUUGUUACACCCCCAUCUUUUCUGUAUAUAUAUUUUUGGGUCAUUAAAUUUAUAUCCUGUUUGGGAGUUUUCAGUAUGGCAGUUUGUCAAAGUCCAGUUGAAGUACUGUUCCUUUUUAGAAUAGUGGUGUGUCGUGGGCACCUUUGAUCAGGAAAGAGCAAGUAAAUCCUGCUACAUGCAGGACAUUUUGUUUGUACAUGACUGCUUCACAGAAAGAUUUAUUUAUUUUUUCCUUAGGGGUGGGUGGUUCCCAGUCAGAUUUAGCUUCUUCUUUUUUUUUUUUUACUUUAUUGCUUUCGCUUUAUCGCAGAUGUUCUGGGCAGAGUUCUUCCUUUUGCCCAGAACUUGGUUGCCGUGGGAGAUCCACCCUGGCAGCCAGGGAUAAACAUUCACUCUCCGGCACACGUGGCUCGAGAGGUGUGAAGCCAGUGUUAUCUGAUCAGCAUGUUUAGCCACGACCCAGCUGGCCCCGCCCACAUGGAGAACCCUCCGCCUCCUUACAGACCCCGCCCCCAGCUCUGACUCUGUAAAUACUGUCAGCAUUGCAAUUAUGUACAUACGCCAAAACAAAUGUGCAGAGGACUGGCAAACAUGCAGUGCAAAUAUGUAUUUAAGGGGAAAUAAAGCUAUUCUUUCUCUUGGGGUUUAAAGCA